GAGUGGGAGUAAAAUCACAGAGUAACUGCAGUGACUCCUCCCAUAACUGUUCUCUUCCCAAAGUUUCGUUUAUCCGCCAUCUUAUUAGUCACGGCCGUCGACCGCUGCUGCUUUGCUUUCUGCUGGAUGUUUCGUUUCGUUCCGCCAUUACAGUCACUGCCAUUGACCACUGCUGCUUCGAUUUGAGAAGAUAACGUGUGUUUCUGCUGGAUUGUAAAGAUGCAGACCAACAAUGUUAUCAGAGUGAAGUUCAAAGACAGCAAGAGAUAUAUUUUUUCUUCAAAACCUUUUACAUUUCAAUCAUUUUUGGAAUGUGUUGCCAAUAAAUUUGAUCUUCCUACAAUGGAUGUGAAAGUCUUUGAUGACUCGAAGACAGAAGUUGAUGAGGAAGCAUUCGUAUAUCUGCUGACACGACCAGAUCUUGGUGUAUUAGAAAUUGUCAUCCCAGGCACAGCAAACAUUGAUGAUUCUUUAAGCUCAAGCUCAUUAGGAGAUGAAGGUACAUCAGAGUCUGAUGACACUGCAAUGUUGAUUACAAGCCCUCCUGAAAAAAAUCUAGCUGAGGAACAUCGUCUUGCCAAGAUGAUUGAAGAGAUUCUAAAGACCAGCCCUGGAGGUGAAAAGAUUAUAAACGAAUAUACCCGCACCAAAGGUCUGUCCGAUACCCGAAGACGUUACAUGGUGAAAAUUUUGGUAGCACAUUUAACAAAUGAACAUGGAACAAGCCCUUCCCGACGUUUGAAGGAAGAAUAUGCGAAAGGAAUCAUUUCCCUCUUCCCAUGCUUGGCUGACCCCAGGAGCAAGCUUGGAUAUGAGCAUUAUUACAAUGCAGAAGAUGGAAGUGGAUAUUUGGCGUGGAGAAUUAAAACUCUGCAGAAAGAAGCAUCAGAGGGACGGAUGAAGCGUCCACGGCAACCACAAACAGGUGGGCCAACUGCUGACAGACAAUCCUACAAAGAAGACUGCUAUUUGACUAUUUGACUGAAGACCGUCAUUGUCAGGAAGCAAUAGCCCUGAUGAAGCAUACAGCUGAUGAGGCAGUGGUAAAGGAAAAGAUGAAGUUAACGCUGGCCUAUCGCCAGAAGCUGCUGCAUGACCCUAAAAAGUCUGCUGAUAUUCUAUCAGUUUUCUCACGAUUCCUGGAUAUACCAGGCUUGAUUAAUCAAGAUUUUGGACUUUUGUUUGGUGAUGCGACCUCUGCAAAGUUGUUGGAGAAGUGGUCUACCAACAUAAAACCAAAGGUUAUUGCACAGAGCCGUGGCCUCACACAGACUAGUGAGCUCCAAGACCUCAUCCAAAAUGCUGAAGCCACUGAAGUUGAAGAAGGGUGGGACAGCGACAUGUCUUCCAUUCUGAUGCUGGUUCACCUUUUGCCACCCUCAAGUCAAGGCCGCAAGAGACCGGGAAAGAUCUCAGCCAAACAAGCAUGUGAUCGUCUUGUGAAAUUCAUCAAGACCGGUAACAGUAUCCAAGGGCACUUGGACAGUAUUGGAGAAAGACUCCAGCCGUAUCUACUCGCUGUUGGGCCGAACAAAAGUAGGAUCCAUUCUUGGUUUAUUGUGAUUGACCAACAUGCUCUACCCUGUAAGGCUUCUAAUUCAUUGGCCUGUGUUGAUGAGCUUUUCAAACAUUUGAUCCUAAUGCCAUGAAAUUUGGUCCCGGGAAAAUGGUCCCAUUGAAUGAAAUGGAAGUUGGUGCUGAGAUAGCUGGAAAACUUAAUGUGCCUGUGUGGACUAAGGUCCUAAAUGUGAAGUGGGUCAAGCGCUGUGGAAACACUUAUCGAUCAGGGUUGGCAGUUUGUGUUCAAGUUCAAAAUGACAUGCCUGUGUUUUAUGUAAUCCACAAUAUUGUUAUUAAAAAUGAGCACAUCCUUUUAAUAACAACUGCACUGAAAACAAUGUGUUUAGAUGAACAUAUCCAUGCUUACAAAGUUGCACAUACCACAGAAGCACCUUAUGUUUUGGAGAUUAAGGAUAUUUUGCACCACAAGUUGUUUGACAUUUCUGAUGUCUUAUGGUUGUGAUUCUGAUUUGUUUAUUGUACCAUAUAGUUUCAUGUAAUUCUUUUUCAUCUCAUCCAUUGUUAUCAUUACUUUUUAUUUUAGUAUUUUUUUUAUUUUUAUUUUUUCACAAUUACAACAUGAUGACACAUUCAAAAUGACAAGUGAAUUAUGUUUCAGUGUAAUGUUGUUUGAAGAGGAGGAGCUUGAAAAAAUAAAAUUGAGACAUGAGUA